UCACUCUUGCCAACAUUGCCAACGUCUGGAAUAAUAAACGAAGUACAUAAGAUCGCAUUCUGGUCCCAGUGAUGAACCACAACCAUGAUGUCCCAUCGCCGACGCCGUCCCUGGCUUCCUCUCGUCCCUUCGCUUCUCUUUGGCCUCGUGACCCAUCGUUCAUCUUCUGUCUUUCGCAGCUUUCAUGGCGGAGCUCAUCCUGCUCCCCCGGACUUAAAAAAAACUCUGCUUGAUUGAAGCUGUAUUUGCUCAUACUGAGUGUCAACCGCCUGCUAGCUCGUCCUAUACCCCGACAUGUCACGGAUAUUUCUCGUCCAAGUCGCUUUUAUCUGUUGUUGACUAGCUCCAUAUAAUUACAGGAUACUACUUAUACGUCCAUAUCCAGUUCUUCGCAAUGGCUGACCCUCAGAUUGUGAGAGUUCUGGGCAAGAUGGAACAGUAUUCAACCGCGCGACACUCUCUCGGCCUCUAUUUUGGAGUCUCCGUUGCUUGUCGCUAUGCCGUCCCUCGUCGCAUCUCGAAGCUUGACGUCUUGCGCCCAACCAUCGAACGUGCCGUUGCCCGGGUCGUCCUUGAGCAGCCAUAUAUGCGCGUCGGAAUCAUAGACGAAGACACCAACUACCCUGCCUACGUUCAUAUUCCUUCCAUCAACCUGUCUCGCCACAUCCGCUGGCUCGAUCCUCUCGGCGCCCAGGACAUCGACCGGACCAUGGAGUGCGAGCUCAGCGAACAGCUCAGUUACCCCUGGGAGAACCUCGACCGCCAACCCCCAUGGAAAGUGACCGUCUUCAUCAUCUGCGAGUCCAAAGAAGACACUGACAAAUACAACGACAACAAUGAUCCCGAUGCCAUUGCAGCCGUCGAAGUCUUGUACACUUACCACCACGCCCUGGGCGACGGCACCAGCGGCACCAUCUUCCACGACCAGCUUCUCCGAGCCGUCAGCAGCCCAGACCCUUCACUCACCUCUUCUCUCUUCUCCAGCGGCGUUAGUCUCACUCUGUCUGAGCCCGCCGACCUCGCACCCACCCAGGAGGAGCUCGUCCCCUUCCGCCUAAGCUGGCCCUACUUCCUGAGAGCAGUCUGGCGCGGCUACGGCCCCUCCUGGCUCCAAUCGAAACCCGACACACACCCCUGGAGCGGCCUCCUCCCCGCCGAUAUUUCACGUGCUUACGCGAUGAAUCUCCGCCUCUUCAGCAUCCCAGCCGGUACAGCGACGAUGCUGGUACCCCUAGCCCGAGCCCACGACACCACCACCACGGGCCUCUUCCACGCCCUCACGGCCACCUCGCUCGCGCGCCGCCUCCCCGCCUCCGAGGCGCGCUCUUUCCUCUCCGGGUCCGCCAUCAGCCUGCGCCGCUGCGUCGACCGCCGAACGACUAAUGGAGGUUCCUUUGACCCGGAGACGCAGUUCGCCAUUCUGGUGUCUUCUAUCGCGCAUUCCGUGCCGUUGGAGACGCUGGCCCGGCUACGCGACGCCGCUGUGGGGAGAGGGGGUGGAAAUGCGGACGAGGCCAUGUGGGAUGUGGCGCGCGCCGUGACGGCGAGUCUCAGGGAACGUGUGGCUACGCUGCCGCGGGAUGAUGUCUCGGGGCUGUUGAAGUACAUCGCCGACAUGCGUGCUUUCGUCCGUUAUGCUGAUGGGAAGCCGUUUUCUUGGACGUGGCAGGUUAGUAAUGUCGGCGCGAUGCUGCCAUGCCCGCCCCGCAAAACGACAGCGGCGUCGGAGCAGCAGGUUGGGGCCCAUGACGAUGGUGUCUGCGGUAAUGAGGCGGCUGAGGGAGCGGCGGAUAGAUGGAAGAUUACCAGGGCGGUAUUCUCGCAGUCGGCCUUGAAAACAUCGGCCGCCGUGAUGUUGAACCUGGUCGGUCUCGUGGGAGGUGAACUAACCUGCACGGUGACUUGGCAGGAUGGAAUCAUGGACGAUAAGGUCAUGGAGGACCUGGUGGCCGAUUUGCAGGCUUUUUGCAGGAGCCUAGGAGACAAUGAGACGUUAGGCCUUUGACAAGUAAGAUAGUCAGACCACUCGAAUACUGAAGUAGUGUGGGAAUGCGGUGCCUCAUGAUCUGGCUACGGAAGCCCUCAGUAUACAGAUGCGGGAAGUACUGGGCUGAGUUUUGGCUAAGUGAAAAUAGGAAAGAUCUGGUAAGGAAAGUAAUAGCGAGACUCCAGGAGAGCUGAAUGCAUCGUAGAGAGCAUCAGUAAGGAGAACCAAAGGGUUAUAAUGGUCUCAACAAAACUUCUACCAAUGUCACUGGCCAUUUCCCG